GAUUUCAUCACCAGGGUUCCUGCUCCUUGUGCUCGUGUAUAUAAAUAUCUGCUCCCACAGACACAUGGACACACACUGGAGCUAAACGUGCUGGAAUACUUGAAGGACAGACCAGCUGUGAAACAGGCCAAGAACCCCUGUUUGCCAUGAAGACAACAGGAGUCUUUGUGCUCCUCGCUCUGGCAGUUCUUUGCUUGGCAAAUGCUGACAAAGAGAACGAGGUGGACUGCAGUGAAUACAGGAGGUUAGAGAGAGGAAGACCCAUUUACUGCGAAAGGCUCUAUCAGCCCUUCUGCGGCUCUGAUGGAAAAACGUAUAACAACAAGUGUUCUUUCUGCAAAGCAGUCCUGUAAGUACAACUCUA